GUGCAAACUAAAAGUACAAACCAACUUUCUGUUAUAGCGCCUGGCGAACGAGGUGUUGCUGCACCAAUUUCCACGCUGACAUGGAUGCUUCAACAGCUCGUGCCUCCAAUGCAAUGCUCGUUUCUCUCCUGCUGAUCUUCUUCCCGCUCGCAUGCUCCAUUGAUUUCAAUUAUCCUGCAGUUUUCAAUUUUGGCGAUUCCAAUUCCGACACCGGCGGCCUGGUUGCCUCUAGCCUCGGCGAUCCUCUGGAAUCGCCUAAUGGCGAGACGCACUUCGAGAGUCCUUCUGGAAGGUUCUGCGAUGGUCGCCUGAUCAUCGAUUUUCUCAUGUGCGCGAUGGAUAUGCCAUUUCUGAACGCAUAUUUGGAUUCGAUCGGUGCGCCGAGUUUCAGAAGAGGAUGCAAUUUUGCAGUUGCAGCCUCCACAAUACUUCCACCGACUCAAUUCUCGCUGAGUCCGUUCUCCUUUGGUAUUCAGGUGGCUCAGUUUUUCAGAUUCAAGGAAAAAGUCGAACGUCUCAGAGACAAAACAGCUAGGAAAUUCGACAAGUACAUUCCACCAGAAGAUGUUUAUCAGAAAGCACUUUACAUGUUCGACAUAGGCCAAAAUGAUCUCGCCGGUGCCUUCUACUCCAAAACAUACGAUCAAAUCAUUGCUUCAAUUCCUUUGAUCCUAUCCGAAUUUGAAGAUGGAAUUCAUAAAUUAUAUGAUCAAGGUGCAAGAUAUUUUUGGAUUCACAACACAGGUCCCCUUGGCUGCUUAGCUCAGAACAUAGCCAAAUUUGGAAAGGAUCCAUCGAAGCUAGAUGAGCUCGGAUGCGUCAGCGAUCACAACCAAGCUUCCAGGCUCUUAAAUCUGCAGCUUCAUGCCCUGACUACAAAACUACAGUUCCAAUAUCCAGAUUCAAAUAUAACCUACGUCGACAUUUUCACGAUCAAGUGGAAUCUCAUCGCUAAUUAUUCCCGUUAUGGUUUUGAACAACCUUUGAUGGCUUGUUGUGGCUAUGGAGGGCCUCCCUUGAAUUAUGACAGCCGGAUUGCCUGUGGGCAGACCAAAAUCUUGAAUGGCAGCACAGUAACAGCAAAAGCUUGCAAUGACAGCACAGAGUAUGUGAACUGGGACGGGAUUCAUUACACAGAGGCUGCGAAUCUGCACAUCUCGUCGCAGAUUCUAACAGGGAAGUACUCAGACCCUCCAUUUGCAGACAAGAUGCCAUUUCUUCUCAAACUGAAGUUCUAACCACCAUUGCCAUUCUUUUAGUUCCCAUACAGUCGCUGAAACUCGAUCAAAGCACAUUGCGACGCAGAAUCCAUCCAAUUUAACCAACCUUACCCAACUGAUUUGAUUGUUAGCAUUUGGAUUCAUCAACCACUUGUCGAUCGACAAAUUGGUUUCAUCUUCGAACAGGGCGUCAAUGUCGCCUUUCAGACAAUUGUAACUAUACACCACAUAUAAUCUAAGCCUUUAUUCAUUAUUUGAGAGUA